GCGCGCCGCCGCGGCCUGCGCUGCCUCCGCCCCUCAGGUUUGUCAUCGGCCCGCGGCUGGGCCCCGCCGUGAGCGGCCGGGGGAGGAGGAAGAGCCGGGAUGAGGAGGCCGCAGCUGUCUCGUCCGUGACCGGGGCCUGAGCACCCCGAGCCGGACGUUUCCGCCACGGCCGGCGCACAAGCGCCGCUCGAUCAGGGGAAGGGCGAGUAGGAGGAGGAAGAGAACUCUGUGUGUGUGAGAGUGUGAAGAUGAACUAAGCCUGACCCCUGGAGCCGACUGAGGAGACUCGGCUCCCUCCCCGCCACGUCUGUGCUGCUGUCGUCGCUGCCACCGCCAUGGCUCACUCCCCCGUGCAGACGGGCCUGCCGGGGAUGCAGACUCUGAAAGCAGAUCCAGAAGAACUGUUUACAAAACUGGAGAAAAUUGGUAAGGGCUCCUUUGGUGAAGUUUUUAAAGGAAUUGACAAUCGGACUCAGAAAGUGGUUGCUAUAAAAAUUAUUGACCUAGAAGAAGCAGAGGAUGAAAUAGAAGACAUCCAGCAAGAAAUCACAGUGCUGAGUCAGUGUGACAGUCCAUACGUAACUAAAUAUUAUGGAUCCUAUUUAAAGGAUACAAAAUUAUGGAUAAUAAUGGAAUAUCUCGGUGGAGGCUCUGCCCUUGAUCUAUUAGAACCUGGCUCACUUGAUGAAACCCAGAUUGCUACUAUAUUGAGGGAGAUACUCAAAGGACUUGAUUACUUGCAUUCAGAAAAGAAAAUACACCGAGAUAUCAAAGCUGCUAAUGUAUUGCUAUCUGAACAAGGAGAAGUAAAACUAGCAGAUUUUGGAGUAGCAGGACAACUAACAGAUACACAGAUAAAGAGGAAUACCUUUGUGGGAACACCAUUUUGGAUGGCACCUGAAGUAAUAAAGCAAUCAGCAUAUGAUUCAAAGGCAGAUAUCUGGUCAUUAGGCAUAACAGCCAUAGAACUUGCAAAAGGAGAGCCACCUCAUUCAGAAUUACAUCCAAUGAAGGUUUUGUUCCUCAUUCCAAAGAACAAUCCACCAACACUGGAAGGAAACUUCAGUAAAUCCCUCAAAGAAUUUGUGGAGGCCUGCUUAAACAAGGACCCAAGCUUUAGACCUACUGCAAAAGAGCUCUUGAAACACAAAUUUAUUUUACGAAACUCAAAGAAGACUUCCUACCUGGCUGACCUCAUUGAUAGGCACAAGAGAUGGAAGUCUGAACAAAGUCAUGAUGACUCCAGUUCUGAUGAUUCAGAUAGUGAACCAGAUGGCCAGGCUUCAGGUGGCAGUGAUUCAGGAGAAUGGAUCUUUACAAUAAGAGAAAAAGACCCCAAGAAUAUAGAGAAUGGAGCAGCCCAGCCUUUGGAGUUGCAAAGAAAUAAGGACAAGGAUAUCCCAAAGAGGCCUGUAUCCCAAUGCCUGCCUACAGUUAUAUCCCCUUUAUUUGUAGAGUUGAAAGAGAAGAGUGAGGUGUGUGGUGGUAACACAGAUUCCAUAGAAGAACUGAGAAUGGCUAUUUAUUUAGCUGAAGAGACUUGUCCGGGCAUUGCAGAUAGCAUGGUGUCACACCUCCUGCAGAGGCUUCAGAGAUACUCACUAGCUGGAGGAAGCACUUCAUCCUACUGACAUGCUGUUCCUGACUUUUUAUAAGACAACAUGCUGUCUGCACUGGAGGCACGCUUCUGCCUCUCAGUGCUGGGAGUCUCCUUUAGUGGAAGGACAUUUCCAGAUGUGCAGGAGUGAAAAUGAAGCCUCUUGAAGCCUUUUUCAACUCCUUAAAGCUUUUUUCUUUCUUUCUUUCUUUUUUUUUUUAAUGCAAAUGCACAUAUUCCAGGAAGGUGUCUUGUUUUGUAAAAUCUGAACUGUAUAUUUCGGUUUGUGCUAGAGAAAUUGAAGAUAUUGAGAAACCUCAGGUAUCUUGCUUUAAGAAUUCCACUGAAGAUGGAGAGUGUGUUUGUUGGAAUUGUGUACAGAUCUGUAUAUAAUGUCUUUUUUUAACUGAAAGCCUCUCAACGUGCAUAAGGAAUCACUGUGUACAAAAUGGUCAAGUGCUUUUGUAGAUAAUGUCAGUGGAGUAAAUGUUUGACAGGCCAUAACUGAGCAUUGCCUUGCCUUUAUGACAUGUGAGUUUUGAAACACGUGCUCUUGGUUUGAUUUUUGUAGGUUAAGGAUUUGCCAUCGGAAGAGUUAUCCCUGUACUCUGUGUACCUCGGCAAAGACACAAUCUAUUCUGUUUCUCCAGCAUCUCUUCCUUUUAAUCUACAUUCUGAGCAUGACAUUCUAAUUAUGGUACUACUUCUGGUUGCUUUCAUAUACCUUCUGUCUACAUUUAAAAGAUUUAGUUUCCCUAAUCAUUCCUCAGAGAAGGAUUCCCUAAAGAAUGAGCUCUUUCAGAUUUUCAGUUUUAAAUUGUGCCAGUGCAAAUUCUGAGCCCUCAGUAUUGUUCAUUUUAGCACUAGAUAUUGUGAAGCUUGCAGUGAAGUUCAGCUACAGUAUAUUGGUUUUUUCUUUUCACCUGAACAUGUUUGAAUGCUCGCACAAAUAAAUCUUUAUUUACCUUCAUUUAUUCUGACAGAUCUCCUUAAGAUGCUGGCUCUGAGACAGUGGCAAGUGCUUAUCCACCAUGCCUAUUUUUACCAUUAAAAUGGAUGUCUUGCAGUGCAAGAGGAAAAAUUAACCACAGAUUCAACAUUUGGUCUUGCUGCCUAAAUCUGUGCAUCUCUUUACUGAAAGUAGCAGACAUCAGACAGAAAGACCACAAACCUGAGCCUGAGUGUUGUAUGCUCUGUUCCUUUGACUCAAAAAAAAAGUUAUUUCUUGAAAAUUCCAAAAUUUCCCCUGCUCCUCUGAGUGCUUCUUGAUAGCUGUCUUAAGGUUUUGUAGUUCUUAGAACAUAAUGUUAGUUAUACACAUGCACAUGGGAUAAGGUAUCUGCUAUUUGGGUUUUUUCCAGUGUUACUUUGAGUUUGUUUCACCAAGGCUAUAUUCAGGUGGUUCUUGUUUUGGUAUCUUGGAGAAUAUUUUGGUCUUGUUUUUAAUGAAGAGAUCAAUGAUUUUAUGUUUUGCAUGACAGCAAAGAGAAUUUAUAGGCUUCAUUUUUCAAAAGGAAAUAGGUAAGAAGUUUGGAACAGAAAAAGAUGAAAAUGUUAAAUACCUGCCUUGGUAUGAAAAGACCCAGGUUCUCUAAAUGUUCUGGAAGCUGGUGCAGUCUUCUUGCCAGGACUUCAUAUCACAAUGGUAGCCCUUAUUAUUCUAUGCAUAUUAAUAGCCUUAAUUAUUAGUUAGAGGUCACUGUCAUGCUAACAGAGCUAUGAAACUUCUGAGCAGACUGAAACGGCAGUUGCAAGAGACGAGUGCGUGUGCAUGCUGCUCCUUGUAGCUGCAUCUGUAGACACAAGGCAUUUGCCAGCAUUAUGAGGUAAGGGUUUUUCCUGUAUGGCUAAAGUGGAUUUAAGGUAAAUUGAACAAUAUGUCAGUUUGAGCAAUGGUUUAUCAUUUCUCCUCCAUUAAGCUUUUACAAAUAUGUUGGCUUUUUUGUGCUUUUAAGCAUUAAGGAUAGGCUUGAGAAAUUGAAGUUUAGCUUGGCCAUUGUGAGAUGUGCAUCUGAAUACAGCACAAGGGAAAUCUGCCCCCUGGUCUCUUCAUAUUGGACCAUUCAGAUGUUCAGUAAAUACGUGCCUGUUACAGCGUGUGGAAUAAAAAGUUGUGUUUGCAUUUGGGACAUAAAUAGAAGAACAAAAGCUUUUCCCCAGUCGUCAUCUCUUACUGUAAGGACUUGACAUUAAAGUGAGCUUACUUAGAGAUGCACAGUACUCAAGAGAUCGAGUGGGUUAGUUAAUCUGCAGUGCUGGCUGGAAUCUUAAAGCUUCCUUGAACUCAAUUCUAAGGUCUGCUUUUUUUGAACAGUCAUUGAAAGUGUUAUACCUACCUUUAUUUGUUCUUUUAGUUCCAUUUUAGGACUAUGCUGAGGAAAUACUUCUGAGUAGAUUGUGGCAGGAUUUCUUUGGUGAACGUGUCCCUUGGUUUAGCGUCAAGUCAGACCUAUGGCAAGGCCAAAAGUCUAGGAUGUUUUGGAAAAAGACCUGACCUCAUUUAUGGUAGAGAUGAGUAUUUUUAUAUGUAAUAUAGAGAGAUUAUUUAACUAUAGACUAUCUAUCUUAAACUGAGAUUGACUGAAAAGACCAAGCGUGCUGUAUCUUGAAUCUAAAAUUAGAACAAUUAGCUAUUGAAAAGUAUGGAGGCAUUAAAACCCAGAUCUAUGUUGGUAACACGAAGAGGGCUUCGUCUGAAAGAAGCCUGGCCUCGGUUCCCAGAAGGAAAAGGCGUGUACUGAAUAGGUUGUUUCACGCUUAAAAACAUAUCUGUUACAGUGUUGCACUGAUGAUUUUUCUGUGCAGGUAGUACUUCUUCACACCUUAACAUACUAAACUAACCCUAGGUAUGCAGACUUUAAAAAAAUUAGUGGAACUGCUGCUUUGUCAGGGAUUUCAAAGGUGAGGCAGUCAAUAAUAAACUCACUGUAUAAACCCAAUAAAGAAGCCAGUCCUUUGAAGCGGAGCUUGCUUUUUGUACCUAUCAGAUGCACAAUCUAUUUUUUUAGUUUCCUUGCAGUUGCACUUUGUGGUUGGUCCCUAGAGUUUACUACAGGGCCAGAGUGCCAGCGCUGUAUGCAGAAAGGAUUGGGGUGUAGUCACAAAGCAGCUCUUUCUCUGAAGUGUCGCUGUGCUUCCUUUGCCGCUUCAAACGUUUGUGGCUGUCCAGCUGGGUGUGGACUUCAGACGAACUCAUUGCUGCAGUGAUGUAACUGUGGGGUUCUGCUCUCGCUGUCCAGGAGGGGUGAGCAGAGGUGGGGAGAGUGUGCAUUGGUGCUUGAACUGCAGCGCAGCUGGAGCGUCGUGAACUUACGUCCUACGUUCUCCACCGUAACUCCUUCACCUGCCAGUGCUUUUACUGCACUUGUGAAAUGUCUCCUUUUGCUCUUCCCACUUUCUGUGCUUGGCAAUGGUUUUACAUUAGCCUUACUUUUAAGGAAAUGUAUUUUUGCCUUCGAAAAUGCCACCACUGGAAGAUUGUCAGAAGUGGUCACAAUAAGCAAGGGUCAGCACAAUUGCAAAUUAUUUUUGUAAGUCGGUGGGGAGGAGCUCCAAGUAUAGCACAAAUCUGCCAGCUUGCUCUUUCGGAGUGUAUUUUGCAAGUGUGCUGGUAACCGCACCGAGCAUAUGCUGUAGACAACUCCUACGUAAUGGUUUCCUGCUUUCUUUUAAGGCGUGAUGAUUACAGGGGACAAUUCAAAAGUGUAGCUCUUGUUUUCUGUAACACUGCUGCUUGUUUAUAACCCUGUAGUUCAAUUCUACUUUUAUCACUUGACACCAACAUAAUAAAACUACUUGUAAACUACAUGAACUAGAAAUAAAGAAGGAAAAGUUUAAUGACA